CCUCCCCUCACACCAGGUUACGUAUCACUUGUGCCAUCUCGGUUGUCGACCUCGUCUUCCUCUCUCUCCCUCCCCUGCAGCAUCCCACUCGCGUCGCCCUCGUCAACGUCGCCGCGUCGCCGGCGUAGACACACGCACAGAGACAAGGUCACACCGACGAACCCCUAACCCCCGAGACUCCACCCUUCCCUGCGCACUACACUCCUCCCAGCCGUUCGAUCUCGAUCCAACGCCCUCGGCACGCCGACUCGUCCAUCGUCAGUCCACCAACAGCUGGUGCUAUCCAUACCCAUCGAUCUUGUCUUGCUCCAUCUCACUACUCUCGACGAGAUCGCAUUCAUCGCCAGCGGCCGGCACAUAUCAUAGGCGGUGCCCACUGCCUCCCCCUCCCCCUCCCUCUGGCAGCGCCGGCCGACUCCCAACCCCACCACCACCGACACCGCACUUGACCGACCAUUGCCGCGCGCACACCGGACGCCGCCCACCCAUGCACCUGCAAUGGCGGACCGCUCAUCCCCGCUGGCAAACCAGCUGCCCAUAGCCGGCGAGCCGUCGUCGUCGGCGUCGUCAUCGACAAGUAAGCCGCGCCGAAAGGUGCGCAUGUUUGCUGCGCCCAGUCCCGAGUCUAGCACACACGACGAGCUCCCCAAGGAGCCACCAACAGGCGAUGACCAACCCUCAUCAUCAGGCCACAUGCGGUCCUCGUCCUACUCGGGCCAACCUACGAACCCCCCGUCACGUAUCCCCUCUCUCACUUCCUCUGCCCCAAAACUAAACCGCUCGGCGACGUACACUCGCGGUGCGGCCUCAGCCAAUGCGGCGCCUCCACCGACACCGGGGCUGAGCGAGUACGAGCAGUGGAAGAUCAAGUAUGCUGGAGGCGGCAGCGGCCAGCAUCAGCGUACCAGCAGCUUGAGACGCAAGCCGGCCCUCCGCGACCCGUACGCCCGGUUAGAUAAUGACGACGCCGGGUACUCGCGCGGCGUGGACGACUGGCAUUCCGACUACGACGACGACGAUGACCUGGACCGACCAACGCCAGUGAAGGCGCUUGUGGCCGACGCGGUGCGUUACGCGACGGGCAAGGGAGACGGACAGCUGCCAACGCCGUCCGGUGUCGUUGGUGUGGGUGUGGGACAGCCCAAGUCCCUCAUUCUCACGUCGCCGCCCCCAGACGCUGCCGGGCCUGAAACGGCCGAAGGGAAGGAAAGAUUGGAAUGGCAGAGCAUGCUCGCUAGUGUCCUAGGUGGCGACAUUCUACGUGGCGAGAGCUCGCGUAUCGGUGUCGAACGCCCUUCCAGCGAGUCGUUCCGCAAGGCUCUCAGCCAGAGCUUGUGGUGGCAGAUUCGUGCACGCUUGCGCAACCGUUCGGAAGAAGAGGAGAAGCGGAUCGUCCAGGCAAGGCGAAACAAGAUUGUCGACACGGUGCUCGAGGAGAUCGACAAGUUCACCUUUGACGAGACUAGCAAUGUCAGCCCCAUCGACCAAGUCGCGUACAUUCUCGAGAAGCUCGCGAUCGUCGAGUCGCUGUAUCCCCACCAGGCCGCGCUCCGCCAGGACAAGCCGCUGUAUGACUCCGAGUCUUUCCAGGCUCGGAUCGACGCGCUGUCUGCGUGGUAUUCGGUGGUCGUCCAGUUGAAAGCACAGUUGCUCAUCCUCCAGAAGUGGACCGGUACCGACGACCUCGAUAUCACCCGCCCCAACACCACCAAGGAGAAGGCACUCGUCGGCAAGUCUCGAUACCACCCAUUGGAUAGUAAGGGCCUGGCGCAGGCACAAAACGACCUCGCUGCGGAUGACUCAACAUUCGUAGACCGUAUCCUCAAGGAGGACUCGCUGAGAAGGACGUUUGAGAAGCGUGUCUUCGUUCACCAGAUCGCAUUGAUACAGAACGCCAAACAGACGGUCAUUUCUUACUCUCCAGUCUUCGCCGAUCUCAAGAUCCCAACAUUCCAAUACGAGCUCGAGCGUAUCAUCAGCUUCCCUGGCAGACUCAUUAUCGAAGCCCUCAAGACGCGUCUGAGCGCGGCAGAGAGGCUCUCAGACCCCGACCUUAUCAUCAUCGACGACAUGGCAGAAAGCCUGCGAACAUCAGUGGCGCUCGCCAUUUUCAUCCGAAGGCAGUACGAGGAGAUUGUCGCCCCGGAUCCAGAGCGUCGCUGGGUGAUCCCAGAAUGCUUCCCGCCUGCCUACAACCAGGUCCUGCUCAACAGCAUUGAAAUGUUCUUCAAGCUCCUUCACUGGAAGCUCAAGAACAAGAGCAAGAGCAUCAACCUCCGCCAGACCGAUAUCCUCGAGGUCGAGUGGCCCUUCCUUUAUGAUGCGGCCGAGGCUAUUGAGGGUGCAGACCUCAUCGUCGCCGAGAGCUUGUGCGUCCUCACCAACAAGCUCAUCAUCCGAGUCAUCAACUACUUCGAGACUUCGUUGAGGGUGCCUGUCCGAAUCGACGCGACCAACGGCACCAACCCGAAGGCUGUCACUACGCCGGAUCACAAAGGAAGAGAUCGCGCACCAGAGCCAAUGACCACGGAAGAAAUGGUUGUCUUCUUCACCAAACUGCUCGACUCUAUCAGGAUGAGAUAUCGCAAGCUGCAGCGUUUUGCCCGUCGCCUCCAACAGAGAUUCCACAACUCGGCCGAAUACAUCUUCGAGGACGAUGACACAGAGCUCCUCAUCCACCAGCUGCACGAGUCUGGCCACUUCCUGGUCUACACAAGCUUGUACGAGGAGCAAGGCACCUACAUCUUUGCCGAUGGCUCGCUGUGGGACCGCCCAGAAGACGUCAAGCAGUUACUCUUCCGUGUCUUUGCAAACCACCUGCCCGGCACGUACAUGAGGCGGAUCAACGACACUCUUGGCGAGCAGAGGGGUAGCGAGUACGACGACGAGGAAGAUGAGGACGACGCUCAAUAUCUCCUCCUGAUCUCACCCCGCCAGAACUUUGCUUGGACCGGUGCCGUCAUGACUCUCGAUGUCGGCAAGGGAGUCAACCUCGGCCUUGAGGACAGCCGCAUCCGCCUGGUUGCCGACGGUCCGACUGGCCGCCUCGCAUACUGCAAGGCGUUCUUCAUGCGCUCGUUCAUCGACCCAGAAACAGAGGUGGCUACCCUGCAGCCACUCUGCAUCGUCGAGCAGCAGGCACAUCUGCCCAAGGUCAACCACGAGCUCAAGAGGAUCUCCAGAUCCGCCCACCGUCUAUCCGAGUACAUCAUCGAGUCGGCCACGCUUGUGCGGAGGACGCUACGCGGGGACCCUGGCACGCAAGACCUGAUCGAAAACUGGUACCUGUUUGCCAGUGAUCACGGUCACAGAGCUGCGGUAUACAUGGACCACUUGGCAUGGGCAAGAUUCAGCCGAUUGCUCAUGAGACUGGCCAUUGGCUGGGUGAGCUUCAUCUGUGACGACUGUGACCCCACCGAUCGCAAGACGUUCCGUUGGACUGUCAACGCGCUUGAGUAUGCCAUGCUCAUGACGAGGGGAAACAACAUCUUGCAUCUCAACACCAAUGAGUUUGCCCUUUUGCGAGCCAAGGUCGCCAGCUGCAUGUCGCUCCUGAUCAGUCAUUUUGACAUUCUCGGCGCCCGAUCAAGCUUGGAAGCCAAGAAGGAGUCGGAGCGCUUGGAGGGCCUGCGUCGAAUGCAGCGCAUCUUCGAGAGACCCGACGAGGACGACUUCUUCCUGCCUAGAGCCCCAACGCCCGACAGUGCUUCCAAGAUGCAGAGCAGGGCAGAGCGCUCCCUGCGUCUGGUGCGCGACGAGCGCCUCGCCCUCAUUUCCGACCUCGAGCAGCAGCGUCUGGGCUUGUCGACGGACCAGCACCUUAUGGGUCGAGUUCUCGACGAAGAGGUCUCCGAGGACCGCGCUCUCGUCUUCCUUGCCGCCAGUGCCAGCAACAUCUCGCUGCGCUGGCAGCAGGGAGGGUUCAUUGGCGGUGGUGCGAAUGGCUCGGUCUACCUCGGUUUCAACCUGGACUCUGGCGGCAUUAUGGCUGUCAAGGAGAUUCGCGUGCAAGACAUUACCAACUCGCCCGCGCUGUACAAACAGAUCAAGGACGAGGCAGAUGUCAUGCAGAUGCUCUCGCAUCCCAACAUUGUCGACUACUACGGCAUCGAGGUGCAUCGCGACCGUGUCUACAUUUUCGAGGAGUACUGCCCAGGUGGCUCGCUUGCCAACCUUUUGGAGCACGGCCGCGUCGAGGACGAGGACGUGAUUAUGGUGUACGCAUGGCAGAUGCUGCAGGGAUUGCAGUACCUCCAUUCUCAAGGCGUCGAGCACAGGGACGUCAAGCCAGACAACAUUCUCCUCGGUGCCAACUCGGUCCUCAAGUUUGUCGAUUUCGGUGCUGCCAAGGUCAUCAUCAAGGGCAAUAGGACGAUGGCCAAGACGCGUGCGAUUUCCAAGUCCAAGUCUGGUGCUGGAACGGACGCAGGCCCGGCAGUGAUGAACUCACUGGCAGGCACCCCAAUGUACAUCGCUCCAGAAGUCAUCAAGGGCGGUGCCGGUAGACUUGGCUCGGCGGACAUGUGGUCGAUGGGCUGUGUGGUCCUUGAGGUCACGACUGGUCGCAAGCCGUGGUCCAACCUUGACAACGAGUGGGCCAUCAUGUUCCACAUUGGCAUCGCCACACAGCAUCCGCCACUCCCAGAGCCAGGACAGCUCUCUGAGCUCGGCAUUGACUUUAUCGAGCAAUGCUUGACGCUCGACCCAGAGAAGCGUCCGACUGCGACAGAACUUCUCAACCACCCUUGGCUUGCGCCGAUGCGGGAAUACACUGUUCCUGACCAGUCACCAGCUGGCUCGAGCCUCCCAUCGGCGUUCACCGAAGCGGGCGAGCACUACCCGUCUCCUUUGGGCCAACACGAAGUCGUCGUUGAAGAUUACGCAUCGUACGCUUCGACGCCGCCUACCUCGACACCACCAUUGUCGUCGACCAUGUCGGCCUCGACGGCAAUUACGACGCCUGCACAAUCCCCUCUGGUGCCAGUUGGGUGCCCCAAGCCAUCCUCAUUGUCUGCCUUUGGACCAUCAACACUGGCAUCCGAGGAUCCUGGCCUGCCUGAUUAGUUGUGGCAGGCGAGGUGUUGUUGUUGUCCAUCACUCUCUCUGGCUUGUUUUCCCCUCUAUCCAUCAUACCCUUCAACCCCUAUCCACGUAUCUCUUUCUAUUCGCUUCUAUUCUCAUCUCUCGUGUAGUGAUUGUGUUGUGUUUGUAAGGAGGCGACAGGGCAAAGCAAUAGGAAGUCACAAGUUGCAAAGUAUGGCAUGCCACAG